AGUUAGUGGCAACAAACCAAUUACCACAAGAAUCUGUGGAAUUUCUCAGAAUCCGAAAUCAAAAAAUUAUGGGAUAGUUAUGAAAUAUUGGAACCUUGGAAGUUUAAGAAAUGUUUUAAAUGAUACUUUUCAUGAGAAAAGUUGGGAUGGAAGACUUGAUAUUCUAAUUGAAAUUUCUUCUUGUCUUUCCCAACUUCAUAAUGUAAAUAUAAUUCAUAAAAAUCUUCAUAGUGGCAACAUUUUAUUUGAUCUACAUUUCGGCAUUACAAUUAGUGAUUUAGGAUUAUGUAAACCCCUGGAUAAUGAAAAUUCGAAGGAUAUUUAUGGUGUAAUUCCUUAUAUUGCACCUGAA